GAUAUUAAUUCAGAUUUUUGGAUCUAAGUUUUCAAACUAAUCGUUUUCCAGAUAUUAAAAGUUUUUCAGUCAAUUCAGAUCUUCAAUUUUUUUGGAUUUACCCAUUCAAGUCCGGUUGAUAACAAUCCGGGUUUUCCAACAUGUAUAUUUUAUACUAUCUUGCAUAAUUCGAUAUUUUUUUGUUCGUGUUUUCGCCCAAGCCUAGCAAUAUUUUUAAACAUUAAAAAAUAAUAAUACCCGUGGAUGCAUAAUAAUACAUGGCACAAGUCUUUGCAAGUCUGUGAUACAUAAUCCAGGGCGCGCGGGCUCUCUUUGGGAAACGAGAUGUUGAUUUUUGGUCAUGGAGUUACAAUAAGAGGAUCCGUCAAAGAUAGAGGAGUCAAGAGUGAUUCAAUCAACCACAUUGUGGUGGUCCAAUGGUUUUUAUUAGAGAAAGAGUUGCCAUGUUGGUUCAAACCAGGGAUCCAUUCUGCUCGAAUGCAAAAUUAUUAGUUCUAUAUAUGGCCAAAUAGAAUGGACCUAUUGUUUACAGCGCAUUUAAAUAUCCAAGAAAAGAUCCAUCUGUGUGAUACACCUCUCACGAAUUAGAUCUGUGUCUUUAUUUUACAACGAGGAGAUACAUACUUCUUAAAAUCUUAUAAUCCAUCUUGGUGCCUAUUCAAACAUGAUUAUUGUAUACAUAUUUAAAAAAAAAAAGUUACAAACAUGAUUUAUAACCAGAUAAUUCGAAAGAUAGCAUAUUUAUAAUCCAUUGUUUAUUCAAGCACCAAGAAAGAGGAAACAUAGCUAUCUCGCAAGAUGAUAUAAAACUUAGUAGCUAGAAUAACAGAACUUGAAUUUUUAUAUAUCCCAAUAGUACAAGAGCUUCAUCGGCUCACCGUUUUUUGAUAAAUAAAUACCAUCAUCUUUUGCUUCCCAUGAGUAUAACAGGCCACAUUUACGAAACGCACCUUCUUCAUAUGCCAUAAAAGUUUUAUGAUAUUCAAGAUUAGCCCCCUUCCACAAGAUACAUUUGAAUCUUGUCUGAAUAACCAAAUUGUCAUGAAAACUGAAAGUGUAUGCAGCGUCUUGAAAUCUCAGAAAAUGCUCGCCUAGAUCAUCGUCUCUGGAUUCGCAAUGGACUUUGAGAAUACUACGGCUAAGUGUAAGGUUGUUUUGAACAGCUACGGUGUUUUUAUGACACUGAACUUCAUUCGACUCAACAUGCAAAGUAAAUAUAAGAUACAGAAAAAUAAAUGAAAGAUUCAUUUUUCUUUUAACUAAUUGUAUGUCUCUACAGAUUUAUAGACUUCGCAGUUCAUAGGUUUCUCAGACCAAAGUCAACAAUGGUUUCUUGGAUGCCUCUACUGGUGUUUGUGCUCCAUUUGGCAGAUUUUCAAAGACUUCAUUACUGUUUCAGACCAAAGUCAACUAUGGUUUCUUGGAUACCUCUAGUUUGGGGGUUGUGCUUCUAAACUUCAUUACUUGAGAACAAGUAUUUUGGACCAUUGUUAAUUCAGAAUUUUGGACCUAAGGUUUUAAGAGUUUUUUAGGUUAAUUCAGAUCUUCAAAUUUUUUGGAUUAUCCAUUCAAGUUCACUUAAUAAUAAUUCUGGUUGUCCAACAUGUAUAUUUUAUACCAUAUUACAUAAUCCAUUCCAAUAUUUUUACAACUCGAAUUGCAUAGCUCGGAUUGCAUACGGACUUGUGUGUUUUCUGUUCGUGGUCGGCUUUUAGGUUUUUGCCCAAGUCUGGCAAUAUUUUUAUACAUUAAAAAAUAAUACCCAUGGAUAAUUACUAUAUAGUGAAACAUAGUUUGACAAGGAGUGGUAAAAGUAAAACUUUUCUAACGUUUCCUAACAUUCUUUGGACAAGGAACUUUAACAAUCAUUAUAAAACAUGAUUUACGAACUCGUCGAGGCAAGCCUCAAUGUCGAACAUGGUAAACUGGUCGGAGCUUCACGAUGACGUUCUACAAUUGAUUCUGGAGGGUUUGGACAUCAUUACUUAUGUUAGAGCUCGAACCGUUUGCAAGGAUUGGUACGCAGUUUGCAAACGAAUCACUUCAGUACAGGAAAAGUCUCCGUGGGCGAUAAUCUUCCCUGACGGAAGAUCAAAGUGCGGUUCUUGUCUAGUGUCGGACUGUUGCACUUCUGGACUCACCGGUAAAUGUAAGUUUUACAGAUUGCACAAUCUCGGCAAUGACUUUGGUACGCACCGGUGCAUCGCAACUUGCGGAGGCUGGCUCUUAAUGUUAGACCUACGUUCAAGUUUAUACGUUUUGAAUGUUUUCACACGCGAGAGAAUCAAACUUCCGCCGUUUGAGUCGCACAAAGGAAGGCUAUGUGUUGAGAGACGCCGCCGAGACACCAACUUCGUAAUAAAUAAAUCGUCAGUAACCACAAGAAACGCUGUAAACAAGACAAACGCGGUUUUAUGGGUGGACGAGAGAACCAAACGUUACUUAGUCGUCUGGUCGAUAGGUCUCUGGUAUAUGAUGUACGCUAGGAGUGGGUUCGAUUUCUGGAGAGAGAUACCUACACGGGAAGGCCUUGAGAAUCUACAUGGAUGUCAAGAUAUUGCCUACAAAGACAACAAGCUUUACGUUCUAAGCCGUCAAAACCAAAUCAGAAUCUUGGACUUUUCUCAAGAACUCCCUUUAGCGUUACCGACUAACGUUGAGCAUCAACCAUUUACGAAUGACAGACCGUGGCGAGUUAGGAUUGGAGUUACAGUCUCCGACCAUGUUUUGAUGGGUGAGGUCCUGGGUUCGAGGCUCACCAACAACCUAAUUAUGGAGUUAGAGAGAACUCAUAAUAGAGGGGUUGGGGUCGGUGCGCUGCAGCGCUGUGAGCCUGGGGUCCAUGGACGGGUAGUCCCACGGGGCGGGUUGUCACAGACAAGUUGGGAUACUGUGGAGUCAUUAGAGGGAGAAGCUUGGAUCAUGGAUCUAGGUGUGACUGUACCAGCAGUUAAUGGGACUAAACCAAACUAUCUAUCUUAUUAA